AUGGACAUCGACGACGAUGACUUUUUCACAAACCUCGACCGACCUGGCCGUGCUGCUAACAAUAAUACCUUUCAGGAGCGACUUCGACAAGCCCCACGAGAUGACGACGGUGCAGAAAUACCAGAUGCACCUCCCUUCAUGCUCGAAGAAGAGGAAGAAACACCACUACAGCAACUUAUAAGACAUUGGAUGAAUGAGCGGCACUCGCCUGAUAUUCUCCUAAAUGAAGGAGAGUUAUUGGCGGGACUGCUUGACCACAUCAGGAGUCAGUCUGAGACGGUGCAACUCCUUCGCACAGACCCCACAUCCUCUGAGGAGGAGCACUUCCGCAUCAUGCUCGUUCAGACGGAGGUAGAACGAGUCAAAUUUAUAGUGAGGUCAUACCUCCGCACCCGUCUAUUCAAGAUCGAGAAGUUUGCUCGGUAUAUCAUGACCAACCCUGAAGUCCAGCAGCGGCUCUCAGAAAGCGAAGUCGAGCAUGCGCGUCGGUUUGCCCGUUUAACUGAUCAACAUUUCUAUCAUUCGGUUCUGCAGAGUUUGCCAGAGACUCAGCAGACCCUUGAUGAUCAACCUCCUUUUGUGCCUUCCAUGGUUACUGAACCAGACAAGGCUCGUGCAGUCUUUGUACUUGCUCGACAAGAUUGUCCACCAGUGCGGCUCCCAGAUGGGACCGCAUUAGAUAUGCGGAAAGGGCAUAUAUCUCUAACUCCGUAUUCGGUGGUAGAGCAACUGAUUGCUCGGGGCGAGGUAGAACUUGUGUAG